AUGGAAAACUUUGAAGAACCAAUCGGAGAGUGUAUCACAAUCAAGCUCGAUCAACACAUCGGAUCACCUACACUCACUCAUUUAUAUCGGAAAGAAGCCAAGCUUUCCCGUGCACUGAUUAACUCUACUCAAUAUCAUCAAUUAUUUAGAAAGGAAUUGAGAACUCAUCAAACUCCAAAAUUAAUAUUCAGAGCGAGUAGGGAUGGAUUUUCAGAUUCAGAUUUUCAUAAACAUUGUGAUGAUCAAGGAAAGAUUGUAAUUAUUUUAAAAUCUAAAUGUGGAGAUUUAUUUGGAGGAUAUACGAGUGAAAGUAUGAAACUUGAUGAGAGAGGAAUGUAUGUCAAGGAUGAAGAAAUGUUUACGUUUCGAUUUGAUAACAAUCGAUUGUGUAUUUUCAGAUUAUUACCUGAAGAUAGGAUCUAUGCAUUGUAUAGAUAUAGCUCAUUUCAUUUAUUUGCGUUUGGAUAUUGCUUUUGGAUUGGUACCAAUGCAAACACAUCUGCCACGUCUGGAUCACAUGAUGAAAUGGAGGAUCACAUUUUUCCAGAGUGUAAAUUACUAAAGAAAGAGGGUGGUAAUCAAGUCAAUGAAUAUGGUGAAUUGUUGGAGAAUCAGUACUUUCCAAGAAUUGGUUUCCUUAUUGAAGACUUAGAAGUUUAUAAACUCAUGGAUUGA